AUGGCAUUCCCACCCUACGAACCACUUCGUCCAGCCCCAUUCCGUCCCCGUCCGUCCAUUGCCCCGUCCACAUUAGACCCGACGUCUGUCCAGGGUCCCAUCCGCGGGUCCGUCCCUCGUCUCUCCACCUCCUUGGUUUGCCUGUUGAAUACUUCGACGAGGACGAGGAUUCGAGAGGGUCAGGAGUCAGGACCUCCAAAUACGGACGAUAUUCGUACAACACACGCACAGAUCAAGAGUAGCAACAGCAACAGAAAUAACCAGACUCGGACCAUCCGCUUGUCGUACGGUUGCGUUCUUCACUUCCCCACUUCCAUGCCUUCAGCCCACUGGUCUCUUCGCGGUCCGCUUACUUUCCAGCGCGUCUUCCACAGCGUCACCUUGCAGGGGACUUUGCCCCUGCCCCAAAAGCCGUCAGCCAACUGCAUGCCCAAUUCACAUUGCCACCACGAUCCUCUUCUAUUGCCUUCAGCCGGCAAGGAAGAAAAGGGGAGAGAAAUAUUCAGCUGGCCUAGUUUCGCCCACGACGACGACGAAGGUGACGACGACGUCCACGACGACCAACAACAGGCGACAAACAACACCAUGGAAGCGCCACCAUUAAGAUACAGGGAGCCCCCGGAGCUCCCUGCUCCGGCCAUAUACGUGGAUUCGAGUUCCUCUGAUCGCCAUUACAAGUUGAACCAGCCUGAUUCAUACAGUCUCUUCUCUUCAUCCGUUGCGAGAUCUAUUCCAGGAGCCAUAGACCCUUCAGACGUACCGCCGCCUCCAUUGCCUCCGCCACGAUUUUUCCCGAUUGAUGCUCCAAGUCACGCUCCGGACAACGACCGUCAUCAUCACCCGCCCCCUUUCCACGUCGGUCCGCCAUCAUUCAGCCCCAGUACUCACGGUGCUGUGGGAAGCAUUGCGAGUUUCAUGGACGAGCGACCCAACUACAAGAGGAGGGAAAGUGGUGGUAAUGCUGGCAAGGUGGAAAAGGACGAGGGCUACGCGAGCCUUUCGUCUGUCGGUUCCAUGAGGUCGGAGCACUCUUUGCCCGGGUUUGCAGUGGGUUUUGGUCAUCUCCACAACCGCUUCCAACUCGAAUCUGGCGCCGACGCCCUCACUGCCAUGAAGAAGAAGCUCGAUCCCCUCAAGACGCUAGAUUUCAGGCCGACUCCUACCCGAUCGCUCCUUAGCGCUUCGGCCAAUACUCCCUCAUCGCAUCGACCCCCACAGGACCCGCGCCACCCUGCCUUAUCUCUACCGACAGAUUUGCCUUUCCAUACCAAGCCGAGCGGAAGCAUCCUGGUGGGCUCCCCUGAUCGCUUCACCCAAACACCAUUGUACUCGGCUACACCCAGCGGGAACCAACCGUUUGCCAUGAGCAGCAGUGUGGAUCACCGUUCUGGUGCCCAUUUUGAGAUGGAGCGAUCUCCUCCGCGGAGGACUCGGCGCACGAAUAGCGACGACAGGUCAACACAGGGAAGCUACGAGCCUGGCGAAGAUAUGGAGAUGGACGAUGCCCCCAUGAACCGACUUCGCAUUGAUGACUGCACUCGAACAGAAGUGCAAACCGCAGGCAUCAAGCGCCGGGCAUCCUCGCCACCGGGCCGCGACCAGAAACCGCCCGGUAUUGCCGGCCAGGGAGAGCUGCUGCGUCGUCGUGAUGUGUCACGCGGCUCGCCGGCCCCGCGCCUUAGCACCAUCCCCCAGGGUUCCACUCCUUCCAUUCCUCCGAAUCGGGCGAGGUCGUUCAAUUCAGGAGGGCUUUCGGUCUUCACUGGUUUGAGUAGUAUGAACUCGAGUCUCAGUUCCUCAUCCUACAGCCGGCUGUCACCCAGCGGCGUGUCGCCUGGUGGUAUCUCGCCCAAUGCAACAGACGCCGGCUGCAGCUCCCCAUACAGCGCACCCGUCUCUCUCAACCCGUCGCCGAGAGGGUCGCUAUCGCGCGGCACGCAUCAGCGGAACAUCAGCGAGAACCGACCGGCAGUAUCUCCACGGAAGGUUACGGAGGGCAAGUUUACGGGGGCGAAAUAUCAAGGGUUUUUCAUGUGCGAGUGCUGUCCUAAAAAGCCGAAGAAGUUCGAGACGGCUGAAGACCUCAGCCCCGGUCAGAAAGAAAGCGGACUUUAUAUUGACGAUCGGAGCAGUGCACAUGAGGCUGAGAAGCAAUAUGAAUGUUCGUUCUGCGGUAAUCGAUUCAAGAACAAGAACGAAGCGGAGCGGCACCAGAACAGCCUUCAUGUCCGGCCUCAUAGUUGGAGCUGCUCGGCGCUCACCAGCCACGAGCGAGCAUUCCAUGAGAGCACGAACCGGCCAGGCGAGGCUGAUACUUGCGGCUACUGCGGCGAAGAAUUCCCCCGAAGCGGACGCGCAGUGGUGCCGUCGGCGCCUCGACAGGUCACCAGCCAGAACCUGGAGGAACGGGCUCGCCACCUACAGGAGGUGCACAAGUUCAGGGAAUGCAACAGCAGCAAGAAAUUCUACCGCGCUGAUCAUUUUCGACAGCACCUGAAGCACAGCCACUCCGGGAUGAGUGGCAAGUGGACCAACAUGCUCGAAAACGCCUGCAUGAUGGAAGAGGACGCGAACUCGAGAUAG